UCAUUUUCUUGUAUUGACAAGAACUGCACAGGUAGGCGGUCAUGUUAUCAGUAAACAAAGCUGCUCCGCCUGUCUGUGCUGAUUGGAGCCACAAUAACCAAAAACACACCUUAGCUUGUUGCACACACACUUCUCAGAGGGCAGACAGAGUGCAGUUUCUUUUGUUGGUUUCAACCUUUUCCCUUGAUGCCAUUUUCCUUGCAGCUGGAUGUUACGUUAGUGGGAUGAGAUGUCACAAAUGAUGGACAGAUCUACAGAAAACCAUGAUGAGGAUCGAGCGUCCAUCAGCAGCAUGGAGAAGACGCCAACUAAGAUGAAGCAGACGCUGGGUGUGAUGCAGUCGUUCCGAAAAAACAUCCGACGUGCGGCAGAGAGGAGCCCGCUCUCACCUGGGGGCAAGGGGUCAAAGGUCACAACCACAGCAGACUCACCCGGCAAUGGGUCGGCGUCAAAGCGUCCACAAACUCCUUCGUCACCAAGUCUGAGCGACGGCACUCCGGUGACCUCUCCUCUGCAAAACAUGAGAGACGAGACGGACGAUACGCCAAAGAAAUACAAAUCUUUGCCACGUCCGAAGACAGAUCCCAAUAUGGUAAAGUCUGGUGACUCUUUCUUUGAGAAGGGAAAGUCCUUAUAUCGAAGCCUGAGAUUAAGCAAAGACAAAACCGGUGGGCAGUGGCCGCUGGACCCUGUCUCUGAAGGGCCAGCAGAAGAGAAGAAAGUGGACAAAGAGGAAGAGAAGGUGGUGUUGCAGAUGGUCGAGGAGAUGUACACGCUGCCUGAAAUACCACACACACCACUGUCAGUGAUGCAGAUCAACAAGCUGAUAGAGAUGGAGGUGCUGGAGGAGGCUUACCUGAACCUGCUUGCGAUGCGGCGGGAGUUCCAGCAGGAACAGGAGCAGUGUGGUGAGGACUUGUCCAUGGAGCUGGCCAAGAAGGAAAAGGACCUCAGCCUCCUCUACCGAGAGCUGAGGAACAAGAUCAGUGGCAUAGUGCGCGACUCCAACUCCCUUCCCUCUAGAAACAAGGGGCUUCUGGAACAUGUGGCUCGCAUCAUCCAGGAGGAGGAGAAGAGGGCUGAGGAACCUGGCGGGCUACCAGGCAGCUGGAUGGAGGCCUGGAGGGGAGCGGUGGGUGAUGGAGUGCAAGCCAAAGUGGAGAGCAUUCACCUGGAGCUGACGGAGCAGAAAUCCUCCUGGCUGUCUGUCCACCUGGGUCUGCUGGGUCAGGCCAUCGUGGAGGACUUGGAGAAGGUGAAGAAGGAGCUGCAGUGGUCGUACCCGCCCAGCUUCAGAGUCUUCAGCACCUACGUGAAGAGUUACCACAGAGUCAUUGGGCAGCACCUGAAGAAGGUGAAGCCGCAGGUGACGGAGCUAAAGGAUCUGCACGCUUUGCUAAACUGGAUCAUCAACACCUACAAGAGCGAGAAGAUCAUGGGAAGUCUGUCCCUGCAGCCGGAGAUGAAAGAUGAGGGCACCGAUCUCCAGCUGGAGGACGACUUCAUGAAACAGCUGAAAGACAAGUACUGCUGCAGAGCGAAGGGGGACACGAGAUCUUCGCUGGACAAAGUUACUGAGCUUGAAAAUGACGAGUUCUGGAGGGACAGAAAGAGUCCAGAAAAGGAGGAGGGCUUCCUCAUCUCUCAAUUUCACAUGGACAUCUGGACGAAAGUAAAAGGAAAUGCCAAGAACUCUCGAGUAAUUGAUGCUCAACUGGAGCAGGAAGUAAUUUCUUCAUGCCUCGAAGAGCUGAAAGAGUUCCCCAAAAGGUUUGAGGCAGAGUUCAGACGCCACUGCAGUGCUCUCAAUCAGCCUCUUUGGGCAGAGUAUCAGAUAACAUACAUCAACAGCUUUACCUCUUUACAGCAGCACAUGGAGGAGUACCGGGACACCUGUCCACAUCAGGUGGAAGGGUUCGGACAAGAGGUGAAGGGGCUGAUCAUCAGGCUCACUCAGGGCCUGGAGGACCGGUUCAAGGAAGACGUCAAGCCGUACCUGAGGAGAAUGAUGACGAGGAAGUGGCUCACCAACGAUGACGACUUUGAGCAGCUUUACAGGCAGACGGAGCAGCUUUCCCAGCAUUGCGCUCUCAUGAGGCCUCCACACGUCCAGGAGUUUGCGAGCCAUUUGCACUACCAUGUGGUGAGGGAAUACAUUGGCCAGCUGAUGAAAAAUAACUUCUCGUGCAAGAACCGGAGACACGAGAAUGCAGCAAGCAAGAUCCGCCGUCAGUGGGCUAAACUCGUUGAACUGUUUGAGGAAAUGAAGUCGGUUCAUGAGUGGCUGUACCAUGUAGGAGACGAGCUGUGCGAGAUCAUCGGACAGAAAAACAAAGCGGACAUAAAGAACCAUCUGCAGCCUUUAGUGGAGCAUUACCCAGACUUUGGCAGGAAGCACCUGGUUGCUGUUCUGAAUUUCAGAGGUCUGGUGAGGGGCCGUGAGCACCAGCUGAUCCUCCAGCGACUCACAGAGCUGAAGAAGAAACAAGGAAGUGCUGCCGGCGACAAGAGCCAAGCUUUAUUUAGUGACAUGCAGGUCACCGUCAACACAGACUGCCUGUCCAAUCUGCCUUUCCCAUGCCUCAACUUCUUGCUGCCCGACCACUAGUGAAAUGUGAUGGACUGCAUGCAUCGCUGCAUGAAAGAAGAAUGGAAAGCACAAGAGGUCACAGAAAAGGUUGACAGUCGCAGUUUUCCUAAGCUGGUUUGAAAUAUUUUGACAAAAAUUAAGGACCCUGCUCUCAAGCACAGCCAUGUAAACUCAAACCAACUGCAGCAUUUUUGUGCAGAAUCAGAUACAUGCUGCUGAAAAUAGUCCCCAACAAAUGGACCAUUUCCGUGUGCCCAGCUUUUUGAGGAAAUGACUGAGCAGUUUUAAACAAUUGAACUAUAUAUUUAUAUACUGUUUUAAAGAUUAACAGUUGUCAACAGGGACCAAUGGGCUUGAAGCUGAAGGCCGCAGACAGGGGAGUGAAGUACUGGGAGACGGACUAACACACUGUUGGUUUUGUUUUUUUUCAUGAGAUUUGUUGACAGUAAGAAAAAAAUAGAGUUACAUCAGUUUUAUCCUUUAAACAAAGUUAAAAUAAAACUUUAAAACAUCUGUUCAUUCAUUUUUACAAAAUGCACUUUUAAUUCUCUGGCCUGACAGAUUUCUGAUAAAUAAACUGAUGAUGAGCUUGUUUUCCGUUUUCCAAAACAUCUGUUCUUCACAAUUCUAAUAUGUAACACGCAUGUUGCAUGUGUCACAUUUAAUAGGUUUUGUAAGUGGUAAACAUGUGGCAUUUCUGCAUUUGCCACAUGUGAUAUAAGUCUGGUGAUUUUCUAUAUUUUUCUUAUUGUCAACAAAUCUCAUGUGCA